AGGUUAGAAGAAGAGUAGAAGAUGAAAAAAAAGAAUUUGUCUCAAUCAAAGUUCGUUGACGUGUUGAUGUUUUAAUUGAUCGAAAUGAUUAUGGUCUCUUUAUGCUCCAAGAAAUUGUUUCUUCUUUCAUCUCGUUCAAUAUUGUCGAGAAUCUGUAGUCCCUCUUGUUCAUCUUCAUCUUGUUUCUCUUCUCUGGUGAGAAAAGGAAAAGGAAAAAGAAAUUGUGUCUCCUUUGAAAUUGGUGGAAAAUGAUCUUCGUAAUUUGUAUUCGGACAUUCGGAAGGAAUUGUGGACCGAGAAACCGGAACUGGAAGAAAUCGCUUGUUAUUAUUUCGAUGGUGAAGGGAAAGCGUUUCGACCCAUGAUCGUGGUGUUGGUGGCUCGAGCUCUCAACUACCAUGUCUCUGGAAGAUCAGAUUUAUUGGAAUGUCAGAAAAACGUUGCAAUGGCCACCGAAAUGAUUCACACCGCAUCUUUGGUCCAUGAUGAUGUGAUCGACACAGCCGAUGUCCGUCGUGGCAAAGCUUCAGUGAAUGUUUUAUGGGGCCAAAAGAAGGCCAUUCUCGCUGGUGAUUACAUUUUGUCUCGAUCAUCUCAGAUGUUGGCUCGUCUUCGCAAUGAGCAAGUGAUCUUUGUCCUUUCUCAAGUGCUGCUUGACCUGGUUCAAGGUGAAUUCAUGCAAAUGGGAUCAAAAGGAAAGAAGACGAUUCUCGAGAGAUUCAGUGACUACAUUCACAAGAGCUUCAAAAAAACAGCUUCGCUGAUUGCGUACACUUGUAAAGCUGUUGCGCUGCUUUCGGGGGCAGACACGCGUUGCCAAGAAGCCGCUUUUCAGUAUGGCCGAAACUUGGGAAUAGCUUUUCAAUUGGUGGACGAUCUUUUGGAUUUUGUUUCCAGUCAAUCGGAACUCGGGAAACCAGCGGCAGCCGAUCUGAGGCUGGGCCUCGCCACGGCUCCAGUUUUGUUUGCAGUGAAAAGUUUCCCAUUGAAUGUGAUGAUAGAACGACGAUUCUGUGAACCCAAUGAUGUCCAGGCCGCUUAUGCCUUUGUCAUGGAAUCCGAUGGACUACAAUCAACCAGAAUUCUGGCCAAACAACAUGCAGACGAAGCUCUAAGAUACAUUGAUCCAUUUAUCGAUUGCCCGGAGAAAAGGGCGCUAAUCGAACUUGCGAAAAUGACACUUGAGAGGAAAAAAUAGUGGUGCCAAAAUCUUCACAAAAUCAAAUCAUUUCAAGUUCCAUUAGUCACCAGAAUUAACCCAUUGAUUAAUCAAAAGUAAAUUUAUGACAAUUAACUUACAGAAUGAAAAUCAACUCUAACUUCAUAAUCUUACAUGUUAAAUAUUUGGAAGUUUAUUUUAAUUGUUACUUUUUAUUCAACAAUCAAAUUUUAUUCUCAAUCUCAGCUUAUUUAUUUGUGAUAAAAAUUUCAAUAAGAAAACUUGUCCAUCCAAACAA